GUCCCUUGGGGCCAGUCGCUCGCUUUGCCUGCAGCUGUUGAUACUGGGAAAAUAUCCUUGAAGAUACAGAAAACGCAACCAAACCAGGAUACUUGCUUGCUUACCACUGGUGCAAAACGGUCCAAACCCAACAUGGACACGAAUGGUGCUCCUGCUCCAACCCGGAGUAUAAGCUACGCCCACGCAGAAGGAUCAGCCACUCUCGUUGUCUCUCUACGAAAAAAUCCAGAUAGCACCACUGAGGCAACAAGCACUUCUUCUACGCCAAUGUGGACCUGCCUCCAAGCAGUGUACGACAUGUGGCAGGUUCGAAUGCGCCUCACCAUUCGCAGAUGGACAGCCCUCUUCUUGACUGACGACGAUGAGGUACUUGCAACAUCACCUAUGUGCCGGAAGAUGUUUCAGUUGGCGCUAGGGCAGCCGUUGGGGACGAUUCAAAGGUUGGGGAAGAGGGUCAAGUCAAGCGAUGGUGCUGGUGGAGCUGGGGAUUUGUUUUGGAUUAUGUACGAUAGGAAUGCUGAUGGAAACUCCGUGAUAGAUGAAGAUCGGCAACGAAAGUUUAUCCCAGAGCCGACCGAAGAAGUGUCCCUAUCUUCAAGCCCGUUCGUUCGCUUUGCUCGAGUUUUUCUGCAAAUGCCAAAUACACCAAAAAGCUUGGUAGAAUUGACGGCAGCAUUUCAAGGACCAGCAGGAGAUCAUGGGGUCUCGAUUAUCCGAUCCAGCGCGACAGGUGAACCUGUUGGAGCCUGUCUUGUAGAAAAUGAUGCAUCUUCGAGCUCGAGAGAAGUCGUUUUCGCUGAUGGAUUUUCUCCAUUACCUGCAAGUGGGAUGCGUGACGCUUUCUAUUGGAGGAUGAAUGUGGACAAUUUCAUCCUAGACCGACUAACGGAUCCGGAGCCAAGGAGAGGUGACAGAGAAGAAGAGCCAGUGCCAGAAGCAUCAAUUUUCGAGCGGUACCAAGUAGUGCUCGUGACGGAAGGGAAGUUCGAUAGCGUUGCUCCGAUAAGGCCAAAGGCGGGAAUGCGGCAAGAUGAAAGCGCAAAUAACAAGCCACCAGCACCAUUGACUACAAACAAGGGAGUUGUCUUGAAAUUCCGACUUUCAGCAAGCGCCGUCAACGCCUUGCACUCAGUCAUCACCACGCACCUAGACCAUUUGCACAAGGACACAGACACAUUCUUCAUGGCAGAGUCGAAGCCGAGGCUGGUGGAGUUCCCUCCAAGAGAAAAUGAAGGAGAUGAUGAAAUAAAGGAUAAAGCUCAACAAGACUUCGAAUCUCAUGUCCGUCUCUUCAGUCGUUGUACGGUCCUAGUAUCUCCCGUUUCUGACGUGCUCACAAAUGCCAUUUUCCUGCCAGAACACGCGAUCGUGAUGGUUUUGCUACCUUCGGUACCUAGUUUGGAUAGGGGGUACAUGAUAGGAUGGGGCACCAGCGGAAAUAUGAAUAUAAUGCAGGAGGAUCAUAGUCAUACACAUGAGCAAUGGCCGCCAUUUACUCCCAAGACGAAUAAGAGUCUUCGGACCGUCGCUGCAAUGGACCGUUCCCCGUUCUUCACGUUUCUCCAUGCCAACAACGUAGCGCCUGUGCGGUUUCGGGGAUUGGUGUUGAAUGAAGAAGAGUCUUCGACGACAGCACUUAGUGGAGAAGGAGAUGUUGGAGACAAGAAAGACAAUCAAGAAGUAGACAAAGAAUUCGUCUUUGACAUCGACGGUUCUGCGUUCGCCAGAGAUUUUGCGUUAUCCUACAGCCAAGCGUCUUCCUAUUUGACGCUAAAUGCUUGGCAGAUGGAACAUUUCGGACGGUUCUUGAUAGAUCGGCCUGCUCCAACCCCGCAGAAUGCAACUGACUCAUCGACGUCUCCUGUGGCACACGUUAGAGAGUAUCGCGCUUACAUCACUUCUAGCAAGAACAAAGACAAGAAACCUCUUUCCGACACUGAGCUAGGACGAUUUACAUACAUUGACUUUCCAACUCUUUUGGCGAAAGAGAAGGCGUUACAACAACUUGUCUCCACGCAGAGGAGCUACGUAUGGGAACGGGAGGUGAUGAGGCGAGUCGACUUGGAGACUAUUGCUCAGGAUGUUUCCAACAAACUCCAAAUGGAGAUACGUCAGAUAGAGAAGAGUUUAUUUGAGUUGUAGAAGCACUCAGUUCUUCGCCUAAUAAGCUUAUUUGAGUUGUAGACUACGACCUUUGAAUGCCUUUGCCAGAUCAUCAGCGUCAACUUGCUUUUUUUUGAGAUCAAUCGUUAUCAUCAGCAGCAGCAUGAACUCCGUGUGAGCAAUGCAGGAUGUACUUUUUAACACACAGGUUCGAGCAUAUCACUGAUUCCGUUAUUAUUUACGACAACACACGACUCAAGAACCCCCCCCAAAAAGGGUUUCGGUUCAAUGCCAAACAGCUUGACUACUCAUCGUCGCCGUCAUUGUCAU